AAACCCGAAACCUGAUUAAAAACAAGAAACCUUGGUUACACUUUCACACACUCCUACUACUCCCCCAAAUCUUCUCUCAAAUCAAACUCACUCACUCUAAUUCCAGAUUCAAUCUCACUUCACUACACGUAACUUCAAAUCAUCAUCAUUCACAACCACCAAUCCAUCACUAUCCAUUACUAAACUUUCACAAACCCUAAAUCAAUGACCACACUUUAAUAACCUAAUUCAGUGCCAGCAUUCGUAACCCUAGCUAUGGCGAAACCAUCAACAGGAUUUUCAACAUUCUUGUUCCACAAGAAACGGUGGCUGCUGUUACUGUUAGCUAUGCUGUCGGUUUCUACGGCCGUUGCGUUUAUAAUUAGGGCUGCCUAUGAUUCGUCGUGUGAUCGCCAGCAUUUUGAUGUAGGUAAUCGGAUCCAGAAGCCGGAGAAGGUGAAGGAGACGACGUCGUCUCAGAUCGGAGUGGUUACCAGUCCCAGUCCACUCAGUUUCAUGAAGUCUAAACUUGUGCUUCUUGUUUCACAUGAACUCUCUCUUUCUGGUGGUCCGUUGCUUUUGAUGGAACUAGCGUUUUUACUACGUGGUGUCGGUGCUGAAGUUUGUUGGAUAACGAAUCAAAAACCGUCUGGAACAGAUGAAGUUGUAUACAAUUUGGAGAACAAGAUGUUGGACCGUGGAGUGCAGGUUUUCUCUGCUAAAGGUCAAGAGGCUAUAAACACAGCUCUAAAAGCUGAUUUGGUAAUUUUAAACACUGCUGUUGCCGGAAAAUGGCUUGAUGCUGUUUUAGCCAAAAAUGUUCCACGAGUACUGCCGAAGGUUUUAUGGUGGAUUCAUGAAAUGCGUGGCCAUUAUUUUAAAUUAGAUUAUGUUAAACACCUGCCGUAUGUUGCUGGCUCUAUGAUUGAUUCGCAUGUAACAGCUGAAUAUUGGGAGAACAGGACUCAAGAACGCUUAAAAAUUAAAAUGCCGAAGACGUAUGUUGUUCACCUUGGUAACAGUAAAGAACUUAUGGAUGUUGCUGAAGAUAACGUGGCCAAAAGGGUUUUGAGAGAACAUGUUAGGGAGUCGCUUGGCGUAAGGAAUGAUGACAUACUAUUUGCUGCUAUAAAUAGUGUGUCGCGAGGAAAAGGUCAAGAUUUAUUUUUACGGUCAUUUUACGAGAGCUUACAACUGAUAAAAGAUAAAAAGCUACAAGUGCCAUCAAUACAUGCAGUAAUUGUGGGGAGUGAUAUGAGCGUGCAGACAAAAUUUGAGACAGAACUUAGGGAUUUUGUAGCACAGAAAAAGAUCCAGCAUCGUGUUCAUUUCGUGAAUAAAACUCUUACCGUAGCCCCGUAUCUAGCCGCAAUCGAUGUUCUAGUCCAAAACUCUCAGGGUCGAGGAGAAUGUUUUGGAAGGAUAACAAUCGAAGCUAUGGCGUUUCAGCUUCCUGUACUGGGAACAUCAGCAGGAGGGACUGCAGAGAUUGUGGUGAACGGGUCAACCGGGUUUCUGCAUCCAGCAGGGAAAGAAGGGGUGAGUCCGCUUGCCACGAACAUUGUCAAACUUGCUACACAUGUUGAAAAGCGGCUAACCAUGGGAAAAAGAGGAUACGAGCGGGUCAAACAGAUGUUUCUAGAACGACACAUGGCUGAUAGAAUUGCUUCUGUUUUAAAGGAUGUAUUGCACACAGCAAAUGCCCGACAAUAAUUUAAACAUGUGUUGAAAUUCAAAAAGGGAUUUUGUAUAUUGGAAAACAGUAUAGUGAACAUUAUUGUCAUCUCCAUGAGUUUAAAUGUUUUAUGUUCAUUAGGGGGUGUUUGGGAUU